AUGGGCGCUUCAUCGAAAAUAACGAGGUGAGAAAAUUUUACAAGAAAAAGUUGGUUUUUGUGCCUGUUUGAAGUGAAUCUUCGAAAAAAAUUCAUUUUUCUCCAGUAAUUUGAUCAUUCAGGUUAUGGAACACGGCCUGUUAUCGGGUCGGAAUUGCGGUCGCCAAAAAUCCAAUCCCGACAAUAGUCUUUUGCGUUUUGCUAACAGCAUUGGCCACGGCAAAAGUCGCUUUGACUGAGUGAGUUUUAGAGAAAGUUUGCUCUGUUGAGAAGGUUUUUUUGGGAGGGUGCUUUCCUGGGAAAAAAAUACAGAUUCAAGAGUUAAAUUUCAAGAUUCUUCUUGAUUCUUUAUUUAUAACCCUUUUUAGAACAUCUUUUUGACUCGAAAAUACCUCUUUUUUCGUAAAAUUUUUCACUUUUUGCUUCAAAACAGAGCACUUCCAAUCAAUUUUAGUCUGAUUUCAUUGAAAAUAAUCAAAUUUUGAAGCUUACGGGAAAAAAUUUUAGUGGUCAGAGGCUCGCCAAGGAUCACUUGGAGGGGACACUAAAGUGGCCGCUAUUUUCCGUUUUAGUGGCCACUUGAGUAGUUUUUCAUCCAGUAAUCCUUCCAGUAACUGUGAUAAUUUUAAAACAAACAGAUUGGACCAGUUAUGUUGAUCCACUGACCCCUAAAGUGGCCACUAGAAUUUUUAGCGGUCUAGUAGUGGCACUAAAACCUCUAUAGUGGCCACUAAUUUUUUACCCCUUAAGUGGCCACUAAUUUGACUACUAUAGUGGCCACUGAAACGUCAAAACCCUAUAGUGACCCCUGAAAAUUUUCACAGUAGCUUCAGUUUUUCAAUGAUUUUUUUUUCAUGGGAUAUUUCGAAUCUAACAGGUUUUUUAUCAACAGAGCGCAUUAGAAGCUUCAGAAAAAGCUUUUUCAGAGAGAAAACUUCAAAUUUAAGGGGUUGAAAUAAAAAUAUUUCAUUUUUGUAAACUUUAGGCAGGUUAGCGCCAUCGAUGGCUAUGCGAUGGACGACGCCAGAUCUCGAGAAGAAUUUUCAACCUUCCAGGUGAUUUUUCAUACCUUAAAAAAGUAUAUUGAUCUUAUUUCAGCAAUUCCUCGACUCGGACGGUCCAGGGAUCACUUUAGGGAUAUUGGUGAAAGCGACGGAUGGCGGCUCGUUACUCAGGGAGAAGUACUUGAAAGAGACUGUUGAGGUAAGAAAAAAAAUAAUUUUGGUCGCAUUUGGAAUGGCUUGCUGGGCGCGGCGGAGAAGAAUUUUUCGAUUUUUGGACUUCAAAUUUUGUCGUAUUGGGUAAGAAUCAGAAGAUCAUGUCCUGGGCUUCAAAUUUAUGUAAAAACUAUGGAAAUUGGUCGAAAAUGAGUAAAGCUAUGUGUUUUUGAAAUUCCUUAGUGCGAAACCCGUUUUUGAUCGGGCGCGUUCUUAAGUAAGAUAGUUUAAGUGAUUUAUUGGGUACCAGUAAGAAGAUAAUGCUCUCAGCUUUCUAUUGUCGUCAGUUUUUCCAAAAAGAAUUGAGAAAGAACAAGAUUAGAAGUGUUUGAAGUGGGAUCAUGCGAAAGUCAUUUCAGGUCGGGCGCAUAUCGGCAGAAGCCUUUCUAGGUGGUCUAGUAGAUCGCAAUUGAUAUAUUUUUGUCUUCCGUUAUCUAUUUUUCGAAGUUUGUUCUGUAUGAACAAGGUCUUGCCGUUUUGAAAUGGUAUCACGCGAAAGUCGUUUUUGGUCGGGCGCAUUAUGAAAGAAGACUUUUUGGCGGUCUAGUAGGUUGUAAUUAGUAUACUUCGUCUUCAGUUUUGUACUUAUUUUAAAUUUGCUCAACUUCGGUUCUCAAUGAACAAAGUUUUGCCGUUUUGAAAUAGUGCCAUGCGAAAGUCGUUUUCAGUCGGGCGCAUAUAGAAAGUAGCUUUUCUAGGUGGUCUAGUAGAUCACAAUUAGUGUAUUUUUGUUUCUAAUUUUUUUUUAUUGAGAGAGAUUUUUUCAAAGUUGGUUCCGAAUGAACAAGGUCUUACCGGUUUGAAAUGGUAUCACGCGAAAGUCGUUUUUGGUCGGGCGAAUUUGGAAGAAAGUCAUUCCGAAAGCGACAAAUAUCUUUAAUUGCACUUUCAAGAACUUCAGUUGGCCGAUUUUGUGUCGACGAACUUCAAACUGAACACUUCUGGAGUGAUGAGGAAUUUCAACGAGUUUUGCCACGGAUUCUGCCAAGCCAAUGAGCCCGUCGUCCAGUAUUAUGUGGGUUUUCUUUAUUUAGAAAGAUUUUAGUGAGUUUUCGAAGUUUUUCUGCGGAAAAGAGGUGCAUGAAUACGGCGAAAAUCCUUAAAAAUGUCCCAAGUAUGGCGCGAAAUCCAAAAAAAAGAAAUCAUCAAAGAUGUUCCGAACAUUGCUCAAAAUCCUGAACAAAAGCCCUCGAAAAUGUCCCAAAUAUGGUUCAAAAUCCGUAAAAUAAUGCUCCAAACAAUUUCUAGAUCUGUUUAUAUAGAUUUUUUUUUAAUAUUUGAAAGGUUGUAUCUAGAACUGAGAAAAAUGUUUGGCCACUAUAGGGGCUCGCCAAGGACUACUUGGAGAGGACACUAAAGUGGCCACUAAACCCACCUCUACAGUGGCCACUAUGUUCCGUUUUAGUGGCCACUUCAGUAGUUUUUCAUCCAGUAUUCCUUCCAGUAACUCUGAUAACAUUAAAACAAACAGAUUGGACCAGUUAUGUUGAUCCAUUGAUCUCUAUAGCGGCCACUAAUUUUUAACGCCUUAAGUGGCCACUAAUUUGACUACUAUAGAGGCCACUAAAACGUCAAAACCCUACAGUGGUCACUAAAAAUUUUUGGAAGCUUCUUUUAAAAUAUUUUCGAGGGUUUCAUACGAGUUCGAGAAAGUUUUAAGCUUAAUUUUUCGAUUUCUUGAUAAAAUUUUUGGAAUUAUAGAUCUUUUCUGUGCAGCUAUGUUUUCAGAUCGGGAUAGUUUUGAAAAGAAAAAGUUCGCAGAUAUUUUUUUAUGUUUGUGCAGUAAAACCAAUCAUAUUGAUUUUUUUUUUAAACUGAUUUUUGAGACUUUCGAGCCCCCCUCCUUUUUUAUAUUUUCAAUCCCAGUUCCGAGACAUUUCUGCGCUAUUUUAGAACGGCAUCCAACUCCUUGGAGCCAAUAAAACGGACGGUAUCUCGCAAAGGAUCGACCUUUCCUACCCGACUUCUAGCUUCUUCGGCCGAGAAUUUAGUCUUAUCGUGAGUUUUCGUUAUACGACGGCUAUAUCCCACCCCGGAGUGUCCUAUCACAGUACAUUCCCCAAUUAUUUUUUGGAGCGCAAAAUGCUGGGGUGGGAUUUAGCCGAUGUACGGUUUUCCUUAAAAAUUUAUCAUUGGAAUUCUGAAUAUUUUCAGCCGAAUUUUUUUGGUAUUGAACUGGAAGCAGAUGGCAAAACUUUAAAAUCGUCGACCCUGAUUCUGUUGUACUUCCGAGCGGAAAGACAUCGAGAUUGGACGACGAAAAUGGUCAAGGGAUGGGAACUCGACGUCAGGGACCAUUUCGCGAGGUUUUCUUUUGAACGGGUUCCUAAUUUUGAAAGUUUUUAGGUUCAAUUAAAGUUAUUAAGAGUUUUAAGUCCCCUCUACGGAGCCUGGGAGUUGGGGAGAACCCUCAAAAUCGAAAGGCUUGAAACUCGAAUUUUAAAAAAAUAAAGGGGGGGUGAAAAAAACGUCCCUUAGUCAGAUAUUUAUGAACUUUCAGAUAGUUCUAUGACUCCCAGAGAAUCACUAGCUUUUUUUGAAAAAAAUAAGGUUUUUUUCAGUGGCUUCGAAGGUCCUGGCUUCAGGAGAACCCAACUGUGAAAAAACUGAUUUUUUUUUUGUAGUAAAAAUAAUUUUCCGAGACUUUCAGCAGCUUUUUGGACUUUCUAGGGUUUUUAGAAGAUGAGGAUGAAUUUAAGACCUUUGGUGAUUUUAGGUCCUUUAGUUUACUGAUUUUUGAAAUUUACAAGUUUAGGAAAAUUUAGAGCUUUUAGAAAUUCCGGGUUUUUCGAAAACCGAAUAUUAAUAUUCAACAAAAAAAUUACGUUCUUCAGGGUUUUUUUAUGAGUUUAAAGAUGAUUACAAAUGAUGAAAAAAAGUUUUUCAAAAAAAUUGAAAAAUUACAGCUACCAAUCUUCGCUCCUCACUGUGGACGUCAUGUCACAAACCGUCGUUGAAAGUGGUCAGAAUACACAUUUUUUUUUUGGAAAAUGCCCGCGUUUUCCAGAAAUCGUCCGCGCUGGAAUGUCCCUACAGCCAUUCCUCGUCGUCGGAUUCGUGAUCAUGGCCAUUUUCUGCGCCCUCACGACGAUGGCCAGCGCCGUUUUCCUCUACUCCCAGAAACCGUCUUGGAACAAGGUUUAAAAAUGUCAUGGAAAAGUUGCUCUAUUGCUAAAUUAUUUUUCUGGGAGUUUUCUUGUUUUGUGCUUCAUACAAACAUAGGAAAUGUUUUACGGAGAAAAAGUUAAAUUUUUGAUUUGUCCGUGGAGCACUUUUGAUCAGUUUUUCGCGGCUUUUUUGGAUUUAUUCGAAAAAUAGCGUCAUGAAUUUUGAAUUUUUGUAAUUUUUUUUCUUAUUUUUUUUUUGGUACAGCUUGAAAUUUAUGAGGAAAACCCAGGUUUUUGGAUUAUUUUUGAACCGUAUUUGAAGAUUUAUUUGAAAAUAAUAACCAAAAAAUAGUCGUUAGGAGUCGAACUCGGAACCCUCAGAUCCAUAGCCAAAGAUACAUCUCACUAGACUAUGGAAGACUCAAUCUUUUCAGGUCGCCCUAGCCAUUAUCGCUUGCCUGAAUCCGUUCAUGGCCUGCGGCACGGCGUUUGGUAGGUUGAAAGUUUGUUCUGUAGAUUACGGUAGCUUUUUUUGAACUGUGUCAACGCUAGAGUGGUCCCUUUAGGGGCUAGGAGGAACAAAAGCCUUCGUAUGAAACAAAAAAGUGCCCCCUAUAGGGGUAAAAUUAGGCGGUCCUUAUAAGGGUUUAGAGUCUAUUCCUGAGCCCCUAGAUCUCAAGUAGUCCCUACAGGGCUUUUUUCGGAUUUAAGCGUGACCUCUAGAGUUUAGUGGUCCCUGUAGGGAGAAGUAAAAUGCUCCCUAAAGGGGAGCCAACAAAGGCCCUAAGGUUGCCCCUAGAGGGACCACUCUAGAGUUCCUAAGAAUACAGCUUGCAAAGCUUCUAAGAGCCUUUUCUCUCAAGAUUUGAACAAAAAGCGAAAAAAAACAGAAUUUUCAAGCGAUCCUCUUCUCAAAAGAGUUUUAACGAUAGAGCAUACUUUCCUUCACGAUACAUCCUUUUCAGGAGCUGUUUUCGCCCUCGGCGUCACUUUCAGCCCGAUCCUGUGCAUCACCCCAUUUCUGGUCCUCGCCAUCUCUGUCGAUGAUUCUUUCCUGAUGCUUCACGCCUGGAAUCGUCUUGAAGCGUCGAGAAAAGUUCCACUUGACAGGAAAACUCGCCAGAAUCAUAUGGCUGAGGUUGGAACUGCGGAAGGAAUAAUUAUGAUUUUCUGAAAAAAGUCGAUAGUUCUGGUGUUAAAGUCCAAGUUAAAGGCGAGAUUUAGAAUGAUUGAACUUUGAAAAUCUCCAAUUGGCUUUCUUAUAAGGCCUUCGAUUUUUAGUGAUGGGUACGGUAAUUUCAGCUCCCAAGGCUGGAAGUAUGUAUUAGCCAUAGAGCUAAGUUUCCUGAAGGUCUUUUGAAUCCUUGAACUUCGAAUGUCCUAUACAAAGUAAGUUAUUGUCUUUAGCCCUCUUUUGGGGUGAAAUUUGAGGAAAUCGCUUGAAAAAGUUGGGUAGUUCUGAAAAGUUGAAAGGGCGACUAUUCUUGACACGGCAUUCCCAAACAGGGGUGAAGAGACGUCAAAAAAAAAUUUGGCGCGAAAACGGGAAUAUCAAGUACGCAGCCAAAGGCGAUCGAACAAUCAAGUGAUUAACGUUUGAUACUCAGUGCAUUUUAUCCGGAGCGCGCAUUUACUUUUUUUUGUAAAUUCAGAAACUUCGACGUCUCGCUCACCUUCCCUCGCCCCAUUAAAAAUGCCGUGCUUGAAUUUCCAAGCUUUUGCUGAUAUUUUGGGCUCCAAUCGAUAGAUCUUGUUUUCAUAUAUCGAUUUUUGACCUCACGUAACACUCAGAACCAGCUGUAGACCUUUAAUAAAUUACUCAAUGGUUUUAAAUCACCUUUGCUAGGUUUUUUUUCGAGCUAACGGAAGUAUUUGCCAAGUGGUCAGUUUAGGUUCUGGUCGAGACCGGACCGGCCAUCACGAUCUCGGCUCUGACCAAUAUUCUCGCCUUUGGCGUCGGAGCGAUGACGUCACCUUCAGAAAUUCGAAUUUUCUGCUACGGAAACGCUGCUGCGAUUUUCAUGGACAUGGUCUAUCAAGGUGAAACUUGAUAUUUUCAGAAUCUUCAGGCUUUUCUGAGUCGUAAAGUGCUCAAAAAAGCCUCGUGGACAGCUCUUCUCCUCGAGACCUUUUUUUGGCAUUUUCCCAUGCUCCUUUAAAAAAUUUUCAACGAUUUUUUGAUUUUCCAGCAACUUUUUACACGGCCGUCAUGACACUGUUGGCCGAUGAGAAGGAGCAAACUACAAACGAGAAAAUUUGUCGGGUAAGUUUUCUCGUGAUUAUCAAUGGAGCGCAUUAGGAAUUGAAGUUUGAGCUUUCCAAUUUUUUUUAUGGUUCUGAAAUUGUUGAAAAAUAUUUUUUUGGAUUUUUUUAUCAUUUUAGAAGAAAAAAAGGUUAGUAAGUUUAAUGAAUAGCUUUUUGAUUACCAAUGGAGCAAACUUGACUCUUUAGUUUGGGAAUUUUUCGCAGCUAUUUUUUCUCAAAGUUCAUUCUUUUUUCACAGAUCCAAGACCAAAUGAAGGAGUUUGUGACGAAAUUCCUCCGUUCCUACAUCGAUUUCAUUUCGAAUACUUUCGUCUCGACCGCCAUCGUCGCCCUUUGGCUGAUUUUCAUCGCUUUUGCCGUUUUUGUGAGGAAUUUCUGAUUUUAAUGAUAUCGAAUUCAAAGCUUUUUUGGGAUUUUACAUGAAAUUUCGAAAAUGUUGAUUUUUUGUACGAAAAAUGGGUCCAAAAAGGGCGGGAAAUUUUUGAAAUUCGAUUUUUUUUUUCUGAGUUGAAAUUCAUUUCUGCGACCUCAUUAAGCUUUUGCGAUCUAUAAAGAAGCCGAAAACUUUUAAGAAAAAAAAAUCAGUUUGAAGAAAAUUUUCAACGCAAAGGUGCUCCAUGGAGAAAGGCCUUUUUUCACAUUUUCUAGAAAUUUUCUGCGAUUUUUAGAAACGCCAGAGUGAUUCCUAUAGGGGUUAGAGGGAAUAUCAGUCCCUAUAGAGGAUAAAAAGUGCUCCCUAUAGGGGUAAUAUUUGGUGGUCUCUGUAGGAUUUUAGAGUCUGACUCCUAAGGCCCGAAUGCUUGAAAAUUUUUUAUUCGCCAGGAUUUGAAAAUUAAAAAGAACUUGGAUCCUCUGUUGAUAUUAUUUCAUUCAAAAAACGGCAAUUCAUUAAGUUUUUGGCAUGAAAAUGCUUCUAGCAUCUCCCCUAUAGGGAUCACUUUUGCAAAUUUUAGUUCCCCAUAUAGGGGAGGUAAAAUGGACCCUAGAGGGGAAACUUCAGGGGCCACGAAAAAAAUCAAUUCAACAAAUUUUUGGCAUGAUAAGGCUUUUUUUCUGAUAACGACUAGCAUUACCCCUAAAAGGUAAGUGACCCUUAGAGGGAGCCUUCAAGGGCCACAAUAACGGCAAUAAACCAUUUCCUACACAUCCAGUCAAAUUAAGUUUUUGGUAUGAAAAUUCUUCUCUUCAUAACGACUAGCAUGUCCCCUAUAGGUAUCACUUUUGCAAGCUUCAGUUCCCCAUAUAGGGGGAGGUGAAGUGACCCCUAGAGAUAGACCUUCAAGAGCCGCUAAGGUUGCCCUCUAGGGACCUCUCUCGCGUUCCUGAGUUAUCAUCCAUUUUUUCCUCUGAAACGACGUUUUUCAGGGACUUACACACUUGUCGGUGAAACUGAAUCCUGGAAAGUUCUUCAUGAAAGACUCGCCAAUGAUCAGGGUAUCAUAAAUAACAAGUCUUCUAUAAUUUUUGACCGUUUCAAGAUGGAUCAUAUGAGAACCAACGACGUGGUACCGUACUACACGCCGGUUACGGUAGUCAUUAAUAAUCCCGGAGAUUUGUCGAAUGAUACGGUACUCGAAGGGCUGAACAACCUGAAGAGACGAUUCGAGUCGUUGCCCAACUCGAUUGGGCCCAAUAGCACGAAGUUCUUCUUGAGGUUGGUUGGAGUAGGAGAAUUGAGCUCAUAAGGGGACCCUUUUUCUGGGAUCAGGAGAUUUGGGCUUUAAGAGGUCCCUUUAGAAGGAAAGAUGGGCCAGAAGCUGAAAAAAAAAUAAUUUUUCGCUCAAAAAUUAACUGAUAGAAGAGUUUGAAUGAUUUCAAAUAGAUUGCUGAUUAUUGGAGCACGGAAACUAGAAUUUCGAGCCAUUUUUUCUGAUUUGACUUUUAAAGGUUGAGAAAAAUGAUAGAUAGCAUAUUAAUGAGAGAGAUUGCAGAGAAAUUAGAGGGUUCUUUCUAGUCUUAGUAGAUCUUUAGCUUAAAAAUGCCAAGUCUCACAAAUUUUUUCCUUUUUUCUGUUGAAUGAAUGCGUGGUCGCGAGGGGAAUGGCUCAAUGCGUGAGCUGCGGCCGACCUGAAACGGUUUUCGCGUGUUUGUAGCAAAAUUUACGGAAACUAGGGGGAAUCGCAACGCUUUGACCCAUUCCAAAUGCCACCGAAUGACGUGUAAGGUCUGGACAGUUCUGAUUUCUCUGGGCUUGCUACUCUCGUUUUUCUGAAAUCAUGACGGUGAGAGAAGAGAGCGCAGACGAGCCAGAGGGGCGGAUGAUGCUAUCAACGGCUUUUUUGUUAUUAAAAUAAAAUGCGAAACCAAAAACACGAUGGGCGGAGUCGAAACCAUCGCCGUUCCCACGUGACGUCAUGGGAUCGGCUCGAAAAUAACAGGACAUAUUAAAGGCGCAGGCCGUCGUAUUGCCAGAGGUCUUUGAGAGGAAUCGAAAAUUCUCUACAUAAAAAAAAUUUUCUGCGAGAAAGCGGCGCGGUGCAUGCACACGACACGCGACACUAUACAGAGGAAAAAAAAUGCCAGGGAAAAAAAAAAAGGUUUUUCAGCGACUUCAUAGCGUUCCGCGAGUCAGUGGACGAAGAAUCGGAAAUGGUCGAAGACGACGAAAAAACGGACAUUGAGAAGUUCCUCGAAUGGCCUGAAUAUUCGUUCUGGCGAGGAUUUAUGAAUAUCGAUAACAAGUCAGUGAAUAUACUUUUUGUUGGAGAGUUUAAAGGAGCAUAGGCGGGAUUUUUUUGUAAAGGUCUCGAGACGAUUUCAAGACUGUUAGCUCUUUGAAAACUCCAGCAAGGAUCCAACAGAAAUUCAUUUCAUUUUCUGAAUUUCAGAACAAAGACGGUGUCGAAAUUCAUGUUCUCAACGGGAUACCAUGGCGAACAAUUGAAAGAUUGGUCUCAGAGGGGAAAAUUGUUGAACGAAUGGCGGGCGGCCGUUGACGAGUUCAAGGAGUGGGUUUUAAGGAAUUUUAGGAGUUUUAGGGGUUUUUAGGGUUUGUUCAUCGUGAUUUUUGAUAUUUAGAGCCUUGAAGCUUUGAAAAAGUCAUCAAGGAUCUUGAAAAUCUUGGAUAAUAUUUUUGUUUUUGAAGAAAAUGAACUAGAUUCUCUCUAGUAGGAAUUUUGAAAAAACGGCGUUUUUCCAGACCAUUCAACGCGACCGUCUUCACCGAGGAUGCUUUCUUCUUGGAUAUGAUUGAGGUUUGAAGAAGUUAUCGCAUUUUAAAACCUCGAAAAAGUUCCUGACGAGGUCUAAAAGAAAAAAAUCACUUCCCGAGUUUUAUACCAAAAUCAAAGCAGAAAUGGGUUUCAAAAGUACUCAGACACCUGGGAUUUCUUUCCGCAGGUGAUCUUAGGAGAGAAAAAGAGAUGGAAGCGAAAAAUCACUAGCUCUGCGGGGAGGCGACGGGAGAUAAACGGGAGGUGAGCGGGACCGGUAAGUCCCUGGGAAGAAAACAGGCGUGAAACGGUGAGAAUACGCGAGCCGACGCUAAAGAUAGGGACCGCAAAGCCACGCCCCUUUUCGCGAUAGAAAAAGUGGCUUUUUUUUGGUUUUCAACUUUCAUUUUGUUGUAGUUGUAAAAUAUGUGGAACUGGCGAAUAAAAUUUGACACACAUGUACAGAAAAGCUUCCUCUUUCGUUUAAAAAAUAUUUCACGCUUUCUUGAUGCGUUCUCGCGGAAUGUCGUACAAAAACGUGAAUGGAACUAAAAAAUUUUGUAAUUUUUUGCUUUUUCAUGUGUUUUCAGGUCGAACGCACUCUUUCUUUUUUUAUAUAAUGAUUUUUGAUUCAAGUAACGGUAAUUUUGAAACAAUAAAAAUAAAAAAAUUCGUCUUUGCCAAAAAAAUUUUUAGGGAGUGCCGAAAGUCAUAAUUCAAAAUUAUCGUUAACAAGCGAAUAUAAUCGAGUUUUUUUGUUUUUUUCAAAAAUUUAGACCAUGGGCUUACUUAAAUUUUUUUCUCCACAGCAUAUGUACUUGAAAAAAGUUUUGUGAUACGCAAAAAAAUGCUCUUGAAACUAGAGAAUAAAAAUUAGCGGCGUUUAUCACACCGAAAGCGGUCGAACGCAGGUUUUUUUCAAACGAUUAUAUACAUUUAUUAGUAAAAAAAUCUUUCAAUUAAAAAGAAUAAAAUAAAAAAAUUCGUCUUUGCCAAAAAAAUUUUACGGGGCCGUUUUAAGGCAGCGAUCGUUAAAAGAGGCAAAAAGCACUGAAAAAACAGUUUUUUCGAAGUGAAUUUCCACGAAACGUUUGAGUAAAGAUUUGCGAACAUAUUCUGAUAAAAAUAGCUAAAUUACUUCAAGUUUUUCUUUUUGAAAUAGACAAUCUGUGCUAUUUAAACGGCUCAAGGGUAAGGCGGAUGGAAGCUCCCCGCGCUAGACCUGACAGCUUGGCGCAGUGCGUGCGCUGCGAUUUUUCAUUUUUAGGUCGCGAGUUCGAUACCCGCAAGCAUCAGUUUUUUGUUUUCUGCAAAAUACCGACUUUUUCGGCAAAAUAGCUGAUUAGCAUCAUUUUAGCACUCUAUUAUGAUUUGUUACAUCAUAAUAGACCAGUAUCAAAAACUUUUUCUAGAAGAAAAAAAUCGAGAAAAAAAUGUCAAAAAAAUGAAUAAUACUAAAAUUUUCAGUACUAAAAAAAUGGUGCGCGGCGCGCCACAUUUUUCGUCAUAACUUUUUUCAUCCUCAAUCUUUUUCGAAAAACUAAACGGUUCUGAGUUUUGAAUCGAAACAGCUAUCAAACCAUACAAAGCUCGAUGCUGAAAAAAAUUUUUUGAAAAUUCGUCUGCGGUCCCUAGCUAAAGAAUCGGUAGAAGAGCGGCAUGAAAACGGGAAUCCCCGGGGAGCCGAUAGGAAGGAAUUGGGAAAAAUACAUCAACACCCGCAGACUGCCCGUGUUUUUUGCUAACCUUUUUGAGAGCCCCUGUCAGUGUACUCCGUUUUCUCAGCGGAUACCUUUCUAUCGGCUUUCCAAAGACUCCCGUUUUCUUACCGAUCUCCUACCGAUUUCUUUGCGUCGGUUGUCCGAGGGCUCCCGCUUUCCUACCGAUCUCCUACCGAUUUCUUUGCGUCGGUUGUCCGAGGGCUCCCGUCUUCUUACCGAUCUCCUACCGAUUCCUUCCUAACGGUUCUCCGUGGAGGCCCGCUUUUUGACCGAUCUCCUACCGCUUCUUUUGAGUCGGCUUCCCACGGACGCCCGUCUUCUUACCGAUCUCCUACCGAUUCCUUUCUAACGGUUCUCCGUGGAGGCCCGCUUUCCUACCGAUCUCCUACCGCUUCUUUCGAGUCGGCUUCCCACGGACGCCCGUCUUCUUACCGAUCUCCUACCGAUUCCUUCCUAACGGUUCUCCGUGGAGGCCCGCUUUUUGACCGAUCUCCUACCGCUUCUUUUGAGUCGGCUUCCCACGGACGCCCGUCUUCUUACCGAUCUCCUACCGAUUCCUUUCUAACGGUUCUCCGUGGAGGCCCGCUUUCCUACCGAUCUCCUACCGCUUCUUUUGAGUCGGCUUCCCACGGACGCCCGUCUUCUUACCGAUCUCCUACCGAUUCCUUUCUAACGGUUCUCCGUGGAGGCCCGCUUUCCUACCGAUCUCCUACCGCUUCUUUCGAGUCGGCUUCCCACGGACGCCCGUCUUCUUACCGAUCUCCUACCGAUUCCUUCCUAACGGUUCUCCGUGGAGGCCCGCUUUUUGACCGAUCUCCUACCGCUUCUUUUGAGUCGGCUUCCCACGGACGCCCGUCUUCUUACCGAUCUCCUACCGAUUCCUUCCUAACGGUUCUCCGUGGAGGCCCGCUUUUUGACCGAUCUCCUACCGCUUCUUUUGAGUCGGCUUCCCACGGACGCCCGUCUUCUUACCGAUCUCCUACCGAUUCCUUUCUAACGGUUCUCCGUGGAGGCCCGCUUUCCUACCGAUCUCCUACCGCUUCUUUUGAGUCGGCUUCCCACGGACGCCCGUCUUCUUACCGAUCUCCUACCGAUUCCUUUCUAACGGUUCUCCGUGGAGGCCCGCUUUUUGACCGAUCUCCUACCGCUUCUUUUUGAGUCGGCUUCCCACGGACGCCCGUCUUCUUACCGAUCUCCUACCGAUUCCUUUCUAACGGUUCUCCGUGGAGGCCCGCUUUCCUACCGAUCUCCUACCGCUUCUUUUGAGUCGGCUUCCCACGGACGCCCGUCUUCUUACCGAUCUCCUACCGAUUCCUUCCUAACGGUUCUCCGUGGAGGCCCGCUUUUUGACCGAUCUUCUACCGCUUCCUUAGCGUCGACCGAUUCCCUACCGUUUAGCGCCCGUACUCUUCCCAGGAACCUAUCGGUUCGCUCACAUCCUGAUUACUUCCCCGCGGCUCUCCAUGAUCUAAGAAUUUUUUGUCCCACUCCCGCUCCCCCCACGUUUUCUCUUCUAAAAGCUCCCUAGGAAAAGGACCCCAGGCGUCUGAGUAUGAGUAUAGAUAAGCGCGACUCGACAGUUUUCCAGUGUCUGCGUCUCUCUGUUCCCUCACCGGCAAGUUUAGAGAAACAUGAAAAUAGCACGUCAAAAAGAGAGGGUCCCCCCGAGAGAUUAAGAGGGCGCAGAGAAAAAGGGCAGUUUCAAGUCGCGAAAACCGGAUCAUUAAUAUAUAAAAAAGGCCGAGUUCUAAAGAUUUCCAGAUGAUCCCCGCAAUAACCUGGCAAUCGACCCUGGCGACUUUUGUCUGUGUUUCCGCCGUCUGCUUUUUAUUCAUCGCCGAUUUGUUCACCGUUCUGAUCGUUUCGACCUCGAUUCUCGUCACUUGUAUAGGUUAUUUUUGGAAUUUUAAGAAAUUUGACUGGACGUGUAGGAAACGGUUUUGGGAAUUUAAUCCCAAUAAAUUUUAAGUUAGAAACCCUAACCGUUAUGGCCUAACGGCUUAAUGCUAUCUUGCUAAAUAAAAUCAAAUAAACGGGGUUUUGUUAGCUCUAUGGCUGAAUUGUCGGCUUCAAAAUGUUGAAAUUUCUAUUUUUUCCAUGGAGCGUAUAAUCUCAAUCACUUGCGGCUGUUUUUUCAUGAUUUUUGGCAGCUUAAUUUUUGAGAUUUUCUUGUUUUUAGUGACUGAUUUCUGCUGUUUUAAUGUUAUUUUCAAGGUUUUUUUCAGCUGUGAUUUUUUGAAAAGGAAUAAUUUAUCAAUAGGGCGCAUAAUCUUUUUAUUCAGUGAUUUUUUUUAUGAGGUACGUGCUAAAUCAAUUUUUUUUUUUCAAAACUUGAUUUCAAAAACUCAGAUCUUGCACGGAAAAAUCGACGUUCUUUAAGUGAUCACUAAAGGGACAAUAACUUCCCACUUAAGUGUUGUUUUCUUCUUCUUAGUGGUCACUUAAAUAAGGAUCCGAGUUCUGAGAAACUUUUUUCGAAAAUUGAAUUUUUUUCAGGCGUUUUUGGGUACCUAGCCCUAUUCGGAGUGUCACUUGAUCCAGUAAUAAUGUCGAUUGCAAUCAUGUGCAUCGGAUUCAGUGUCGACAUCCCUGCCCACGUCUCCUUCCACUUCUACGCAGCUAGUAUUUUCAACGUCAAGAUUCUGAAACAUCAAAAAAUGGAUUCAGAAGCGAAAACGGCGCAGAGAAGAUCGGCGCCGGCCCAAAUUUCCGCCAUCGACUUGGUGGAUUCCAAUAAAACCAUUUCUAUGGAACCCGAAAUGAGCUUCAGGGAGUGGUAGGAGAUUUUAUGAAAUAUAGGCCAUUCCGCUUCUUUUCAGCCUAUCGAGUACCUUGACGUCCGUCGGCUUCCCGGUGAUCCAGGCCGGCGUUUCGACCGACUUUUGCGCCCUACCGCUCGCCUUUCUGGAUCUCUACAUGGCUCGGGUAUGGUCUUGCAAUAAAUUUAUUGAGCCGCGACGCGACCGCAACGCGCCCUCAUUUGAAAACUAAGCCGCGAAGCGACCGCAACGCUUCUUCAUCAGAAGAAUGAGCCGCGACCGCAACGCUUCCUCGUCGAAUAAAAUUAGCCGCGAGGCGACCGCAACGCUUCCUUGUCAGAGAAAACGAGCCGUGACGCAACCGCAACGCGUCUUCUUCAAAAUAAGCCAGCCGCGACGCAAUCGCAACGCUUUCCUGUCGAAAUAAACAAUCCGCGACGCGACCGCAACGCUUCCUUGCCGAAAGAAAUGAGCCGUGACGCAACCGCAAAGCGUCCUGUUCAAAAGAAGCUAGCCGCGACGUAACCGCAACGCGUACACGUUAAAAGAAAUCGACCGCGACGCAACCGCAACGCUUUAUCGUCAUAAAAAGCAAGCCAAGACGCGGACCGCAAAGCGUCUUUCUCAAAAGAAGUCAGCCGCGACGCGACCGCAACGCUUUAUCGUCAUAAGGAGCAAGCCGGGACGCAACCGCAACGCGUCCUCGUCAGAAGAAGUUAGCCGCUACGCGGACCGCAACGCGUCCUCGUCAAAAGAAAGGAACCGCGACGCGACCACAACGCUUCCUAGUCAAAAUAAAUGAGUCGCAACACUUCCUCGUCAAAAUAAAUAAGUCGCAACACUUCCUCGUCAAACAAAAUAAGCCGCGACGCGACCGCAACGCGUCCUUCUCAGACUUAUCUUAAAACUAGUGGGAAUUCGCAAAUUUUUUUGAGUAACUUUUCAAAGACUCCUAAAGAAAAAAACUUUCUUUUCCCGAAAAGAAAUCUCUUGAGUAAAGUCAGGAGAUUUAAAGAAGGUCGCUAGGGUUUUUCAAUGGAUCUAUGGGCUCAAUAAGAACCUUUGAAAAUAUCUAAAUGAAAAACGAUUUCACUUAAAAGGAAUUUUAAUCCUUUCAGAGAAAAAUCGGAUCAAAACAGACUCCAAAUGAUUUCUAUUCUGAACUUGGAAAAUCCUAACCUAUUUCCUAUUAUUUAUUGAAACAAGUUCUGAAAAAUUCUGAAGGUUUUUCAGAUGUUUGCCGCGGCUCUGACCCUCUGCGUCUCGUUGUCUCUACUACACGGCCUCGUCAUAAUCCCAGCACUUUUAUCAGUUUACUACAAGUUAAAAGCGGUGAUAACGUCGAGAAAUCGAAAAUGA